AUGGAUGCGUUUGUCACAAAAUUAUCCAGAACUGACACUGAUGAUGAAAGCAGCAGGUCUGUGUCUAAUUACGAUAGCUCUGGUGAACGGGCACCAAAGCGCGUGAAGCGACAUGAAAUAAGGAACUCAGAAUCUGAUGACUCUGAAGAUUCCACAUAUGACGAUGAUCCGCAGGCAAGGACUGAACAAAGGGCGAACGAAAGCGAGGAUGUGGACACUUCAAAAUCCAAUCAUGCAACUGAGUUCGAGAAUGCCUUGCCCCCGACACAGACUGAUCAUGAUGCAAUUGAACAAUACGAACAGAUGAAGUCCUCUCAAAUGAAGGAUGAAGAUGGUGGGACCACAGAAAAGACGAAACCGCUGUGGAUUAAGGGACGAAGCUCAAUAUAUGUGGAUGCGUUUAACCUGGCAUUGGAUACUGUUCUAGAAGAAGAAUCACAAUUGUUUGACGAGAAAGAGAUGGAAGUGUUUAGAAAAUGGAAAGAGUUGACGUAUGAAGCGCAGUAUCUAUAUGUUCGCCUGUUUCUGAGGAAGACUGCAGCAUGGCAUCGUGCCAGCCGCUUAGGAUACUAUUCUGAUAUCUCAGAACCAGAAGAAGCGAUUGCGGAAUUGCAGUCAGUAAGGAUUCUGCCCAAAAUAGACAACCAAGACAACGAAGAAAUGGUCCCAGGAUUUGACUUGGAAAAGUAUAGCCUUGGAGCGACUUUUACAUUUGCAGAUGCUUCAGAGGACCACAUUGAUAAUGUCGAAGACGCUGCGUCACUCUUGUUUUUGGAUGAACUCAAGUUAUUGGCAAAAGAUGCCAAGAUACAGGGAAAGAAUAAAGCAGAACUCAUCAAGGGGCUAUGCCGAAUGAGCCAACAGCAGGUUGGACUGAUGGCGCUUGGAUUAAGCCGGCAGAACAGCCGUGAUUCUGAUGUUUCAGCAUCUGAUAAAGAUUCUGCUGGACCAGACGAUGAUAGUCACCUGAAACGGCAAAGUUCAAAUCAGACUGAGCAUUUCUUGAACAAGAUAUUGGCAAUUUUGGGGCCUUGCGUUCGCCUAUCACCACUAACCUUCAAACUCUUCGAACGGGUACAUCUGGUGUUUUACCGAUCCACAGAGUGGACGGAGAAAUCCUUAACAACCAUAAUAUUGGCUAAAAUUGCGAGACGAAAUUUCCCCGUGUACAUCGUUUGCAGGACUUCGACAAUAUUUGCGUCGCGUUUACACCUCUUGGAGUUUGAAGCAGCUAUUCGCUUGGAGGCAGAUGUGGACAAUAUUCUUGAGUCCAGUGGAGUUCCAAGCGAAGAGGAACUACAAAGUAUCAUGAAUACCUUUGAAAUGGUCUAUCCUCGAUGGAAGCAGUACGUUAACGAGGAAGGAGAAAAGGAACGCAUGGUGUAUGAGAUGGGCGAGGGUGCAUACUUGAGGCGAUUCAAUCCUGCACAUUCGUACACGAGGAUAAUGGUCAAAGCAAUGUGGGUAUUAGCGAGACGGAAGGAGUAUGCUCGUGAACAUGGACUCCUUGAGGAACUGCUGGACCAGAAGCUAUUCCAUUUAGCCCGGCGUGGCUCGUGGUACCAGCGUAAGGCGUUGCUAGAGGAGCACUACAUGCCCACCGUGGAUGAUGGCCGAGUGACGGGGGAUUUGGAACAGCGGAAGAAGCAGUGGAAGCGAAUAGCUGCUACAACCUGUGAAUCAGGGUUGCAGGACCCAAAUUGCCACCUUAUUCAUCAUUAUGAUCUCCAGAAGCGUCUAAUCAAGCUGGAAAAGAAGUUACGAAUUCCACGACGACUACAACACGACUUUGGGCAUGUGCGGCUGGCAGAACCGCUCGAGAUAAACGUUGAAGGAAUACAGCUGAAAAGAGAGGUAACACCCAAACCUGGCGCUCAACAAGUUUCAACAAAGACGAUUUGGCUGGACGAAUUGGAUACUGGAGGCGAGUGCAGCGUCGAAGAGAUGUGCUUGAGCUACUUCCGCUCUGAAGGCUGGAAAGGAUAUCAUGCAGAAGGCGGCGCCAUACGGACCAUCUUUGCAUAUCUCUUUUACGAUAUACUAUUUCUCUACAUACCCAAUGUCUUUCAGACGGAAUACCAAACAUGUCCACUGGACCUACACACAGACGCAUUCUUCCCGGCCAGGGCAUCUGAAAUUAACCACCGACUGGUUGAAAUUGCCAACGGUGAUGGCGAACGACUCCUGCGCCAAGUAUGGCAGAGAGAACACGAGCGGAGGACCAGCGUGGUCGGACUAAACUGGGACUUUGACGUGGAAGACAUGGCAGAACUAGUACGGUGCUUCGAAGGCAGUGCUCUAGCAGCGAUAUGCAAAGUCAUGGCACAGGAAUACAAACACCGAGGAGGUGGCGUCCCGGAUCUUAUUCUCUGGCGGGUGUGUGACAAGUCAGUUGAGGGAGGCCCAGGCGCACCGGGAGCACCACCGGGAGCACCACCGGGAGCACCGAGAGGCGAAGUCAUGUUUGCAGAGGUCAAGAGCGCAAACGACCGGUUGAGCGAUACGCAGCGGCUUUGGAUCCAUGUCCUGACUGGCGCCGGUGUCACGGUGGCUUUGUGUAAUGCCAUUGCCAGGGAGGUGAGAGAUGUGGGUUGA